AUCAUUCUGUUCUGUAUGUGGAACCUGAACUAAAAUGAGUUCCAUAGCCUUGACUGUGGAAUUUUGGCAUUUUGCGCUUUCAUCCCUCGGGCCAGAUUGGAUGGUUUGGUGGGCCAGAUUUGGCCCCCGGGCCGCAUGUUUGACACCUGUGACCUACAUGAUCAUCAAAUUAAAUAGAGGAAAACCCCCAGUACCAGACACCCUUUUCUACACACAUGAACAAACAGCAGAGUGAGAACCUGAGGGCUGUUUGGUGUCCACGCAGGGGCUGAUGGGAGGUGGGAGGGGCCAUUAGAAAGCAGGAGGCCCCAUUGCUUCGUCGUCCUCUUCAUCAGACGCUGCUUCUCCAGGUUCACCAGAGGAAACGCCACAGAAUGCUUCUCCUGCUGCCGGCCGCUCUGUGCUGUCUGUGUUCAGCGCUGGUAACCACAGCAACACAGCUGACCCAGGACAAGUUGUUCUUGAGCAAAGGAGUGGAGAAAUCGGUUUCAAUGAGCUGUGGUGGGACAGAGCAGUGUGAUGAAAAAAAGCUUUACUGGUUCCAGAAGAAAGAUGGACAACCAUUCCAAAUCAUCCUACGGUACAACUUAGAAAAUGAACAACCCAAUAAUCGCUUCAACCAUCCUGACAAAGACGACUUCAGCGUCUGGAAGACAGACAGUGGUUGUGAACUGAGGAUAGCGACGACAAAAGCUGCCCAUUCCGCCACCUACUACUGCGCCUGUUACAAAGAAGUUCCCGGAGGAUCUGGUGGUUCCAACAAGUACAUGAUAUUUGGCUCCGGCACACAUCUCUACAUAACAAAUGACCGAGUGAAGAAGCCCACGGUGGGCGUGUACCCGCUGGCGUCCUCCGCCCACCCAGAGGGGAGGGGCUCCCUGCUGUGCGUGGCCUCGGACAUGUCUCCUCCUCUGGUCCGCUUCUCCUGGAAGAGACAGAAGGAGGGUGGAGCUGUGGAGGAGCUGCCCGACGCUGAGGGAGAACAGCUGGAGGUCAGAGCGGGGGGGCACGUCGCCACCAUCCGGGUGGUGGACCGGGACCCCGUCCACUCAUAUAAAUACUGGUGCUCGGUCCAGCACGAAGGGAAAACAGAGGAUGCUCCCGAACAACAAGAGGUGGCAGCCGGAGGCCGUCCAGGUCCACAUGUGAGGCCCUGGGACCAGGAGAGGCUCCUCUGUCUGAUGUACACGGUGCUGAUGGGGAAGAGUCUGGUCUACAGCUGUGGACUGGGUCUGAUCAACCUCACAAGACCAAGGACCGUCCACCGUCCAUGAGGAACCUCUCAACCUUCACCACCUGUCAACGGCACUGGGAACAUUUACAUUUACAGGCAAAUCAGCAAGAACAUCCAAUGGGUCAAAAAAGAAAUAAAACACCCAAAAACAUCCAAUGGAUCCAAAAUAAAAAAUGUCAAAUGGAUCAAAAUAAAAAAAAAUAAAUAAAUAAAAAA